AUGAGCGCUCCAAAAAUUGAAGACGAUGAUGUCGAUUUCGAGACGGAUGAAGAGGAAGAAGUUUCAGAGUACGAAGAAGUAGAAUAUGAAUACGAAGAAGAGGAGGAGGAAGAGGAAGAUGAUGAUGAUGCCAAAGAGGAUGGUGUCAAAACUGUCACCGUUAAACUGCAAUCAAACAACAUUGCCACCCCAGCCACUACCGUUGCUACAACCGCCACAGCUACUACAACCAUUACUGCCACUACCGCUACUACAAACAGCCGCCUCAACAAUGCUACAACAGACGUUAGUAGCAGCAGUAACAACAUCAGCUGCAUCAGUGGUGACACCAGCAAGAUAGUCGAUAAGAAGGGCAGUGCUACUAGCAUCGUCGAGGACAUCUUGAAAAGAGACAUCAAACCUGGUGAGAUAAAGAAUGAAAUCAGUCUUGGAGUUGAAACGAAAGUAGGCGCUGUAGAAACCGAAAUGAAAACAUCAAAGCCACCAGAACCUGAGCUUUUUUUAAAAAAUGAAAGUGACGCCAAAUUUAAAGAACCGCUGCCAGCAAUUAAUAAAACUAUAAAAUCUGAAUCAAAAAUAGAACUUCACGAGAGCAAACUUGAUUCCAAACUUUUGAAAAGUUCUGUGGAAACUGGCGCGAAAUCAUCAGGUAACAUCACAAACGACAUUAAGAUUAAUAACGCAGAGAAAGAAGAUGACGAAGUCGAAGAAAUUUUGAAAUCGACGGUGCCAGGUCUGCCAUCGGAAAAAGAUGAAGCGAGAAUCAAAACUUCCAUAAAGAAAAAAAUCGCUGACGCAAAUUUUAAGGAAAAAAAUGAUGAAAAAAUUAAUAUGGAAGAAAAAUUAUCAAAUUUAAAAUUUGUCGGCGAGGCGAUUGAUUCAAAAAAAAUUGAAGCUGUCGGAACAAAAGUUGAUGAAAAGGAUAAAAAAGAAACUCAGAAAACCGAAGAAAGCGAACAAAAAGUUCAACAACAAAUUCAGAUAUCAGAAAAAAUUGAACAAAAAGUUAGAAAAGAGACUAAGUUAUUUGAAGAAAAAGAAGCCAUUGUGGAAAAAUCAGUGUCCAAUGAAGCUUCGAAAGAAUUGACAGUUGUUUCACAGGUUGAUCCACAAACGUCUAGCAAUAAAGAACUGAAUAACACCGCAGUUCCAGAUGACUCUACUAAAGUUGACAACGAACUUUUCAAUAUAACAACAAAAUCAGUUUCUGAACCGAUAAAACCCAUUGAGAAAGAAAAAGAACCGGAAAAAAUAGCAAAGUUAGAACAAGAAGAGAAACCGUUGAACACGAAAUUGGCCGAUCUGCAGAAUGAAUUUCAAAGAUUCAAAAGCAAGUCGCCUGUUUCAGAUUCUGAAAAGAAGGAACAAGCUGGAAGAAUCGAGCAGACGAGAAAUUAUUUGAAAGCAUUAACGCCUUCUGAAGACGACAUACCAACGGUGGAGAAAGAGCAGAGACCAAAAUUUGAAAUCACCCAGCGAGAUGACGCAACAACAAAAAAUUCCAUUGCAAAAAUAGAUUCAGAAAGUGUGGAAUGGGAAGCAAAAACUGUAAUUACAGAUUUGGAAAAUGAGGAUUCAGAUUUUACGUACAGGAGAAAAUCUAUGGACGAUUUUAUUAAAAAAAUAUUAGCUGAGGCUCGUGAAGAGAAAGAAAAAGAGAACGAAAACAAGGAAAGAUCCAAAAAGCCUCCCAUAGCAAGCAAGGAAAAGAAGACGACAACGACAAUUGAAAAGAAGAAAGAAGUUCUUGAAACAGAAGAUGUUAGUGUCAAAGCAAGCAAAGAAGUCAAAUCGAAAGCAUUGAAUGAAGGGAAGAAAUCGAAAAACACUGACGCCAAACAGCUUGACGUUGAUAAAGAGUUGGAAGAAAUCAACAAUUAUUUUUCAAAAAAGCAGGAAAAUUCAAGCGUUAAGGCUUCAGAUAAAGUGGCAACGCUGAACGAAGAAGAUAGAAAAGUACCACCCAAGAAGAAAUUGGAGCGCCAAAAAAUUGACAAAGAUCCGAAAGAGAAUGGUUUCGCGAACGGAAGCAUAACCGAUGAGGAUAUAGAAAGACUGUUGACAGGCAAAAAUAGAAUAAAAACAUUUACGAACGAUUACGAUUUGCAAGAUGUUACGAACGUUAAAAAACCAUCUAUCGAAUCGCACAAGAAAGUGAAACAAACUCAAAAAGACACCACCAGCCAGCAGAACGGACACGACCAUGAUGAUGAGACGGCCAGUUUCGGAGACUACCUCAGCAAAUUCAAGCGCGACAGACAAGCCCUGUUCGGUGGUGAAAGAAGACUCGACCCCGAGCCGGUGCGGACAGCAGAAACUGAGGAACUAAUCAGGGAUCGAACUCGCAAUAUUCGUUCUGUCAUCGAUCAACAAUCGGAUAUCUGCGAGAACGUGAAAUCAGUUUCAAAACAGUUGGAAGAACUUGAAAGAGAACUACGAGAAGUUCGACAAAUUUCGUUGGAACGGCGAGGCAGACUGGACGCUUUGGAGAAUGCAGUGAAUGCCGAGUACAAAAUGUUUGAGAUCGAACACAACGCCGCUAACGAGAGGACAAAAAAUAAAAAACCGAUCGAGAAAUUUACUCAAGAAGUGAAAGACCAGAUGAUCAGCAGCAUUCAAAGUGCGAAAAAUAAAAAAGGAUAUCGCGGAGAAGCAUUUGAUGACCUUUCGAAGAGAAGAGUGGCCAGUAUAUCGAGUCAAUCUGGACUGAUUGACGAACAGGACAGUUUCUUCUCUCUCUCUCCCUACCAAUCCUACGCAGCGCCCACCAGCAGAGGGAGGGGGUCCAGCAGUGACAGGGACUACUUACUGGGAUCCAUGACGUUCGAUCGCCGGAGAGACAGCAGUAGUGGGAAUGCCAACAGGAAUAGAUUAAGUAUCACGGACAACGAUUUCGAAUCCAACGACUCCACACAUGGACUGCUGACUUCUGGAAGUAGCAGCAGUAGCCUCCUGGGACAGAUGAAGCCGAGAAGCAGAGCGAGUGUGGCGACGAUGGACACGUCAACUAGUAUCUCUGCUGACGACUUUUUAGCAAAGAUACGCAACAAAUAUUCGUUUCUCAACCCGAGCUCAGCUGCAGACGAUCGACAAACCACAACUGCGACCAAUAAAAGUUCAACUUCCAACUCUAGUUACCGUAAUUCAUAUGCGUCCAACAAUGGAUACGAACCAUCGUCGUCGUCUUCAUCAUCUUCGUUUUUAUACUCAAGUUACAAAGGCACGACAAAGGGUGCCGGCUCAAAUACGUCGGAUAUCUCAAGCAUACUCGGCAAAUAUUCAAGCGGUAAAUACUCGAAUCCCGGGUCCGGAAGUUACGAUAAUUACGGCAACAAGUCAAAAAGAGCUCUCUCGGUAUCCGAUAUAAGAUCCGGGGGCGUUGGUGGUAGUAGUAGCAUCCACUACGAUCGCAACUUGGGAGGCUACACGACGACACCGAGUUCCGCUUCAACCAAUUACCGAUCAGGUUCCGGCUUGACCAGACUUUCCGUUGAUAUCGGUUCUUCAACAGGAUCUAACUAUCGCAUCGGAAGUAGCAGCAACAGCAACCCAAGCAGCGGUGGUGAAUUUAAAAGCAGAUUCCUCGAUAAAGUUCGCGAGAAGAAGUCAGCUGCAAUGGAACAUUCGCCAGGCACCUCCAUGCUGGCCGACCGGGUGAGAGCGAGGAUCAGCAGCGCAUCCCAAGACCUGCCGUCGCCACCAUCCAGAACGAAGCCACCACCGCAGCCACAGACGGAUUCAAGUGGCUCAGUUGCCAAACAGCAGGAACAGCCAUCAUCGCCUGUGCUCGCUGAAGCUUGACUUGAAACGAAAAAUUAGAAAGAGCUUUUAAUUAAGUUAGCUAACUAUAUGUAGCAGAGUAACAUGAUAUUACGUUCUUGAGAUGUAUGUUCUUUCGUUUGUUUGUUCGUUUGUCGCCGUUCAUUUCUUUAUCUACUGCACGUUCGUUAAGAUUUUUAUAAUUGGAAUUAUUCAUUUGCAGAGAAGUUUUAAAAAUUUACGACUCAAUGCAUUGGAACAAAA